UCCCGGGACGGCGCUUCGUCUGCAAGCGCUUCCGGGGAACCAUGGACGUGGACGCCGAGAGAGAGAAGAUCACGCAGGAGAUCCAGGCGCUGGAGCGGAUCUUGGGCCCCGGCCCCUCGGGCUUCGAUGAGGAGGUGUCAGAGUCCAGCCUGGACUCGGAUUCCGACGCGGGGGACGCGGAUUCGCUGCCCGACGAGGACUCCGCCGCUGCUGGUCCCCCCGUCUCGGAAGGAGAGAGGUGGGACGGAGCCAGCAAUGACGAGGACGACCCCAAGGGGAAGACGCUUCCCGAGGACCCGGAGACCUGCCUGCAGCUGAACAUGGUCUACCAGCUGGUGCUGCAGGAGAAGCUGGCGGAGGUCAGCCUGCUGCUGGCCCAGAACCAGGAGCAGCAGGAGGAAGUCAUGUGGGACCUGGCAGGGUCCAAAGGCCCCCGGGUGAAGGACAGCAAGAGCCUGCCCCUGAACUUGUACGUCGGGCAUUUCCUCAAGCCCUACUUCAAGGACAAGGUCACCGGAGUGGUGAGUCCACGCGUCGGGUCCGUGGGGCGGGCGCACCCCCACAGCCUGUCGGGGAUUCCCGUGGUCUUCAGGGCGGUGGUCUCCAGCGUCCUAGCCCCUCCCGGGCCCCCUCCUGCAUGGGGCCGGCCAGCUGCUCCACAGUCAGCCCUGGGCCUGGCCUCCGGGGGUGGCCGAGGGCCAGCGAGGCAGGGCUGCCCGGUCCUGGUGGUGGGGCCCGGUGUUGCUGCCUCUGCUGAAGGGGGCGGGUGCCGAGUCGCUUUGCAUUUAGAGCCAAGCCUAUGGGUUUGGCUGCACGAGGCCUGGCGCCUGGAUGGAGCGCCCGCUCUCCCCGCACGGCUGCUGCCAGUGACAGCUCCGCGGGGGUCUCUGCAGUUUGAAGGCAGUCGCAGCGCAGAGGAGAUCCGGAAGUUCUGGCAGAACUGGGAGCACCCCAGCAUCAACAAGCAGGAGUGGACCAGGCCGGAGCUGGAGCAGCUGAAGGCCAUCGCGGCCAAGCACGGCCACCUGCAUUGGCAGGAGAUCGCCGAGGAGCUGGGGACCAGGGGCAGCGCCUUCCAGUGUCUGCAGCAGUUCCAGCAGCACAACAAGGCCCUGAGGCGCAGGGCGUGGACGGAGGCGGAGGACCGCAUGCUCACGCAGCUGGUGCAGGAGAUGCGCGUGGGCAACCACAUCCCCUUCCGACAGGGGGAGGUUGUCUACUACAUGGAGGGGAGGGACUCCAUGCAGCUCAUCUACCGGUGGACCAAGAGCCUGGACCCCCGCCUCAGAAAGGGCCUCUGGACCCCAGAGGAAGACACGAAGUUGCUUCAAGCUGUUGCCAAAUAUGGGGAGCACGAUUGGUUUAAAAUCCGGGAGGAGGUGCCAGGAAGGAGCGACGCCCAGUGCCGAGACCGGUACCUACGGAGGCUGCACUUCAGCCUGAAGAAGGGGCGCUGGAGCCCCAAAGAGGAGGAGCAGCUGCUGGAGCUGGUGGAGAAGCACGGUGUGGGCCACUGGGAGAAAAUCGCCUCGGAGCUGCCCCACCGGACGGGCUCCCAGUGUCUGAGCAAGUGGAAGAUCCUGGGCAGGGGCAAGAGCCAGGGGAGGAGGCGGUGGCGGCGGCGGCGGCGCCUGCGCAGCGUGCGGUGGAGCUCCAGCAGCGAGAGCAGCGGCAGCAGCGACAGCAGCGACAGGGACAGCGGGGACUCGGAGCCGGAGCCGGGGGAAGCCCUGGGCCCCCGGCGGGGUGGCCAGUCUCUGCCGCCAGCACAGCACAGCGUGCCGGACGUUGACCUGUGGGUGCCCGCCAGGCAGAGCGCCCACACACACGGGCCGGGGGGCUGCCCGGGACCCUCACCCGCCUCCCCCGGCGCACCCGCCUCGCUGUCUGUCCGUCAGGGCGCCAGGCGGCUGCUGAAGGUGCCUCUGGAGACCCUGCGGUACAUGCUCAAGACCAACAUGACCGUUCGGGGCCAGGCUCAGAAGAAGCCGUGCCUGUUCGGCUCACCCCAGGGGACCACCUCCAGCAGCGACAGCACUGAGGCCCACUGCAGCGCCCACACGAGCCUCAGCAGGAGCGUGUUCCCGCGAGCAUGGCCUGUGGGCCCACGAGCAGGCUGGUGUCUGAACGUCUUACCUGUGACACUCGCUCUCAGAGUGCCUGGCCCCAAGGCCGAGCUGAGGCCCAGUCAGGAACAGUCUGCGCUCUGGCCCCUGCCCUCCCUGGUCAAAAGGGGUGGCAGCUGGCUUUGGGGUUCUUCGGGGCUCCCUGCCUGGCACCCAGGCUCCGGGGCCACCUGGCACAUAUGCCCUUGUCCCCCAGCCGACAGCAUCGGGGCGCAGCUGCAGGACGCCUGCCUGGCCAGCACCCCGGUGUUCACCCUCCUCAUGCAGCUGUUCCACACCGACACUGCCGGCUGCAUGGAGGUCAUUCGAGAGAGGAAGGCCUGGCCGCCCCCUCUGCCCCCGGCUCGGGCUCAGGCGCCCUCCAGUGCCCAGAGCAUCCCAGGCCACCUUCCGAGCCAGGUGACAGCCCAAGGCGCUGCAGCAAAGAGACCCAGGCGGGCAGGGGGCAGGGGGCUGCAGACCUGCCCUCCCCAGGACACCCUUCCGGCGCCCCCGCCAGCUCCAGGCCGCCCCCUGCACAAAGUGAAGACUGUGUUCCAGCUGCUUCGAGAGAAGCGGCUGCGGGAGGCCCGUGCCAGCAAGGCUGCCCAGGGCCCCGUGGUGCUCCCACCCCAGCUGCUGGUCUCCUCGCCUGUGAUCCUCCAGCCCCCUCUCACACUGGCCUCCUGCGGCCCCCCAGCCACAGGGCCGGGCGUCUCCAAGUCCGCGCUGUCUGGGCCGGGGGCCCCUGCCGCGGCCAGUCCGAGCGCCCCAGGCUCUGGGGUCGCACCCACACAGCCUCUUGCCCUGCAGGCCCUGGCCUGGGGCACCCUCAGGGGCGGGCCCCACGCGGCCGCCAGCGCCCCUCUGCCUAUCGGCAGCGUGCUGCUCCCCGUCCCAUUGCCAACUGUGCUGGGCCUCCCCGGGCCAGCAGCGACCCCUGACCCCCAAGGGCUGGCGGUGACUCUGUUGCCCUCAUUGACGGAGACUCCAGGAGGCCAGGGCCAAGCCAACAGGGACGCAGAACCAGGCCCUGCCUCCAGGGCAGACCUCGAGGCUCUCUCGCCAGCCCCGCCCCCCCAGAUCCCUGCAGAAGCCCAGCCCUGCCAGCUGCCUCUGCCCCCUGGUGCUGGCCCAGGAAGGACACUGCUGUCCCCAGCAGAGCCAGAGGGGACCAGGGCACCUCUGGGGUUGGAGAGGCCACCCCCACCCCAGCGCGGGCCUGAGAAGGAUGCCCUGGACCUCAGCCUGCUCUCCCAGGAGAGCGAGCCAGCCGUGCAGGAGUGGCUCCGGGGGCAGCGGGGGGUGUGUGUGCCCCCACUGGGCAGCAGACUGCCCUACCAGCCCCCCGCCCUGUGCGGCCUGCGGGCACUGUCUGGCCUCCUGCUCCACAAGAAGGCCUUGGAGCACAGAGCCGCAGCCCUGGUGCCCGGCGGGGCGGCUGGCACCCUGCAGGCCUCGCGGGGGGGGGUGCGGGAGCAGCUGCAGGACAGCCCGGCCUACCUGCUGCUAAAGGCCCGCUUCCUGGCUGCCUUCCCUCUGCCUGCGCUGCUGGCCACCCUGCCCCCUCCCGGCGUCCGUACCACCUUGUCAGCCGCGAGGCCCACCUCGGGGAGCGAGGACGAGGACAUGGAGGAGCUGGCGCACUCUGAUAGCAGCAGGCAGCCAGUCCGGGCGAGCAGCAGUGCCCAGGCAGGGCCUGCGGCCACACCCCCGGUGCAGGGUCACUACUGUCCCCUGUUUCAGGGAGCCCAAGACCUUGCCCCCUCCUGCCCGGACGAUCUCGACGACUUUGAUGUGCUCCAGACGCGGCAUGGCCGGCACGCCCGCAAGAGGAGGCGGCUGCUGUGAGCCGGUGAGUCCGGGCAGCUGCUGGCCGCACGCGGUCUGAUGGGGGAGGGGGCGGGGGGGGCGCCUUGAGCUCUCAGCAGGCAAUGUGUGAGGCAGGUCCUGGGCAGAGGGCGGGGCUCCGCGGCCACAGCCCAAAUGCCGGCGCUCCCUCCUGCCGUCCCAGUCCUGCCAUCUUCCCCUCUGCUCAGUGGCAGCUCCUCAGACACGCCCUCCCUGACCUGAUCGCUCCCCUGAGGAGCUGUCCGUCCCGAGGCACUCGCCCCUCCUGUCUUCCCCUGAACGCGAGCCCAAGGGGUCCCCGUCCCAGACCGGGCCCAGGAGGCCUCAUUGCAGAGGCAGGAGCAGCCCCUGGAGGGGGUGGGGCCGGGGGCUCUGGAGAGCGAGCGCCA